CAAACACACACCUCCUGUAAACUGUUUAUAACCCAUAGAUAGUCACAGCCGUACAUCAGUUUCCAGCAAGGAAGAGAUCAACAGAGAAAGGGAAGUAACCUAUAGUUUGUACGUUGGUGGAACAACAAAGAACACUUCUUGUGAAAUGUCUGAACCAACAAAGAAAACAAUAUGUCUCUGUAUGGUCGCGUCCAUCAUCCCCAUUAGUCAGAUAGUGAUGGGAUUAGCGUGCCGACUUGACUGUCCCAAGCAGAACUACAUCCCCAUCUUUCUGUUGGUAAAUGGAGGCGUCUUGAUGCUGCUACUCUACAUGCUGCCCUGGCAUUCAUCCAUUCACAAAGCCUGCUUUGGCCUUGUGUCUCUCUUCUUAUUUGGCUGGUUCAUCGCUGGUAACGUGUGGAUUUACUCCAUCUAUGAACCCAACUACAAUGAGACAACAACUAGCACUGAUCCUUACUGCAACAAGACGCUCUACCAGUUUGCCUUCUGGACCAUAACCCUGCACUACAUCGUGCUAGGUUUAAUCAUUUGCGCUGUCGGUUUUGUGAAUUUUUUAUAUUAAUUUUUUUUUCAGCGAUGAUUGAA